AUGAGCGACAUCGAUUUAGAGAAGAAGAUAAACAUGAAGCAGACUAACAGCUCGAGUUCAUCUAGAUCUGAAGAUGCAGACGCAGUCAAGCUCGCUGAGAUGGGAUACACCCAGGAUCUGCAGCGCAAUUUCUCUAUAUUAUCUCUUAUAGGUAUUGCGUUUUGUAUGUCCAACUCGUGGUUCGGUAUUUCGGCAUCCUUGAUCACGGGUAUCAACUCAGGAGGCACCGUUCUCAUUAUCUAUGGAUUGCUCUGGAUCAGUUUCAUCUCCUGUUGUGUGGGGUCAUCGCUAUCAGAAUUAGCGAGUUCCAUGCCCAAUGCAGGUGGACAAUAUUUCUGGGCCAACGAGCUUGCACCCAAGAAAUUUGCCCGGUUUGCCUCCUACUUGACCGGCUGGUUUGGAUAUGCCGGCGCGGUUUUUGCCUGUGCUAGCGUGGCUCUCAGUCUAGGACAGGCCGGUGUUGGAAUGUGGCAGCUUGGUCAUCCUGAAUUUGUUCCUAAACCCUGGCAUGCUGUUGUCGCAUAUGAGCUCAUCAAUUUCUUCUGUUACCUCUUUAACUGCUGGGGUAAAACCUUGCCAGCAGUCGCCAAGGUAACUUUGUAUAUCUCAUUGGUCUCUUAUUUCGUGAUCUUGGUUACAGUACCCGCCUGCGCCAAAUCCCACGCUAGUGCGUCUUAUGUUUUUGGCCAUUUUGUCAACUCCACCGGGUGGAAGUCAGAUGGUAUGGCUUUCAUCGUCGGCUUCAUCAACCCGAAUUGGAUCUUUGCCUGUUUGGAUUCCGCAACUCACCUUGCCGAAGAGGUGCCGCAACCUGAGAAAAACAUUCCGAUUGCAAUCAUGGCCACAGUUGGCAUUGGAUUUGUCACUGCUUGGACCUACUGUGUCUCGAUGUUUUUCAGCCUACAAGAUCUGAGCAGGCUUUUGGACACGGCUACUGGAGUUCCUAUCUUGGAGCUCUACUACCAGGCCUUGAACAACAAGGCUGGCGCUAUCGUCUUGGAAACCCUGUUACUGAUGACUGGAAUGGGAUGCUUGAUCGCAUGUCAUACCUGGCAAUCCCGUCUGUGCUGGGCGUUCGCCCGGGACAAGGGAAUGCCUGGGCACCAAUGGCUGUCUCGCGUUAAUCAUACGCUGGACGUGCCGUUGAAUUCUCACAACGCUAGCAGCUUACUCGUUGGCGUUCUUGGACUGCUUUAUCUUGGAUCUUCGACUGCAUUCAACAGCAUGGUGACAGCCUGUAUCACUCUACUGUACAUCUCGUACUCGAUUCCAGUUCUCUGUCUCCUGUAUCGCGGUCGAAACAAUAUUAAGCACGGUCCCUUCUGGUUGGGCAUAUGGGGUCUUUUUGCCAACGUUGUCACCUUGUGCUGGACGCUCUUCUGCCUGGUCAUGUACUCCUUCCCUUCAACCAUGCCGGUGCACGCAGGAAAUAUGAACUACGUCUCGGCAGUGUAUGGUGUCGUGGUUUUCAUCAUCCUCGUCGACUGGUUCGCUCGGGGUCGGCGGUCGUAUAAAGGCAGUGUCAGCUGUGUGGAUGGUGGUGUUUCUGAUUAG